UGUCCUCUAUAUACUUUUUUUCAUUUCCCCCUUUUACUCAUUUCCUGAUAGACACGUUUUUGUUCAUGUGUGUCAGCAUCUUCUUGUUCAAUCCUGAAACAGUGACUCAAUCUCUCAAAAUCGACUCCUGUCCUUUUUUUUAAAUUAACAAUUGUGUAGGUUUCUAUGAUUUAUUGUUUUACGUUGCGACAAUAUGUGAAGCUCAAUCACUACAGUUAAACCAUCUGGCUCAUACAACGUUUGUCUUUUAAAAUCAGUUCAUUCUAAAGGCAGCCGCUAAUCACAACCAGGUCAUUAGCGGCUGCCUUUAAGUGGAUUUGUCAACUUUAGUAAUUUUAGAGUUUUUGGUGCGCGACAAAAAGCAAGCGGUACUUAUUUAAGAAAUACGUAUAGAAAAUAACUGUAAAAUGUACGGUAAAAAUGUGUAAAAUAAAAUGUUUUCGAAAUGAAAUAUCAGGUCCAGUUAAUUUGGAAUGUUCAAAGUUACACGUGACUUAGAAAGAAUAUUGUGCAAUGUAUAGAGUCAACGAAAAUGAUGUGACUGAUGUGUAGGCACUCAAUAAACAUGCACAAUAAAGUUUUUAGUCUUUGAAAACCUCCAGGCUGUAGUUAUUGAUGUAAAUUGUUUUACAUUAUCUGUCAUAGUGUUUUGUGAUUAUUGUUUUGUUCAAGAGGGUGUAAAUCUUUUGAUUAGUUUAGUGAAAUAGUAGCUGUAGUCCCACUAUAUCCGUGUCCGAGGUUGUGCUAAUUAAUGCAUCCUUGUUAUGUACGGUUUACAUGUGUCUGCUACAGGUGCAACAUCAGAGUGAUCCAGAUUUGCGAUUAAAUCAAUCUCAAAGUACAAUAAUUGAGAUUUAACCCCAAAAUGCUGAACUAUACAUUGAUUAAAACCCCAUUUUAUCCAUAUUUACUUGUAAAGAAACAACUGUAAUGUCCCAAACUGUUCCUCACUGUGCAGUGUGCUUUCUCCCAGGUUGUAGGUCUUCCCUGUUGCGUUUCAUAUUUUCUUUUACACGUUAUGGUUUUUCCUUAAAAGGAGCUAGUGGUCUCCAGUGUCUGUCUUGUUUAACAGGGGCCAUUCACAAAAGAAGACGACACGUGUCAGGCUUUGCUUUCUCACCCUUUUGUAUUUUAGAUCUUGGGGCACUUUCAUAAAUUCUUUUUCCUAUUGUCAGGAAAUAUUAGUGCCAAACGUUGCAAGCGAGGACUCCCAGAAAGUGAAGGGUCCCAAACACCUGUACAUUCGAUCCACUUCUUUUUGGUCUGGGUAUAUAAUUCAUCUGAUCAAUCAGGCGAGGACUUUAAUCAAUGUGAAAAGGAAGGCAGUAACUAUUGAAUCCUUAAGUGUAGGUUAUAUUCAAUCUCCAAUUAGGAUUCACUACCUUUUGAGUUAUAUGUUGAUUCAAUGUAAAAGUAUGUUUCCGUCAUCCUAGUUUUUGGCUGUAAAAUUCUGCACAAGACUCCCGAGUGAGACAAUGUUAUGAUGUUAUGUCAUUUUCAGAGUAUAGGGCUCUAUCUUUGCCUGGAAACACAUUCUGCUUCAUUUGAGGUGAAUUGUGACAAUAACACCACUUUCUUGCAUUUAGUUUGAUUUUGGUUUCCACAUGAAAGUGGUCAGAUUUUGUCAAAUUGUUAACCGCUCUUUGCUGUUUGCUUUCUUCUCUGUAAAUUCUAAUGCUGUGCUUCUGCAGUCCAAAGUGUGUCCGCACUAUUUCCAUUGUAUUUUGCUUUUUGUGAUAAUCUUUUAAAGAAAUGUAUCACAAAUGGAACGUUUGAACCACGUGGAGUCAUUCACCCAAAUGCCCUGCCAACAGUUUAAAAAAAAAAAAUAUAGAAAUACAGACGCAGCCGGACACUAUUUUUCUAUUUACCUCCAUCCCGUUUUAUUUUGGGGAGUCAGAGGGCUGUUAAUGUUGGCAGGAGGGUCGUUUUGUUCCUGUAAGACGUCUAUGUGUGUGCCAAACGGUGUGUAAUUAGGAAGUUGACUCUACUUUUCUUCCCCUCCCUCAGUGAAGAGAAAGUGAAAAUCUCGUUCUACUAGUUUUUGGUGUGUGUGUGUGUGUGUGUGUGUGUGUGUGUGUGUGCGUGCUUGCACGCCUGUUUGUAGACCCGGAAAUCUGCUAUCCAUUGUACAUUUUAGUGGUCCGUGGUGGUAUAUUGUACUGUGAUACUGUAAAUGCUUUUAUUUGUCAUUCUUGUCCCCUUUAUCCCUUAAAAGCACCUCAUUGAUCACAGGUGGCAGUGGGAAAGAAUUGAAGUGCACUGAUCAUGUAACUUGAGUGCUGUGUUUGUUUUUCUGACAGAGGUCUCUCUGGUCCGCGCUUACUUUGAUGCAGCGUUUGCAUUCAGCUGGUAACCAUGCUAUUUUCGGUGGCUCAGUGGUCUGUUAAAAGUGUGGUUGUUCCGCCCAGCAGGAGUCUUGCUUCAGACUGGCCUAAAAUGGGCAGAAAUGGUGCUGAACAAAAGCUGCUUGUCGCUCGUACAAAAGUACUUGAAGCGUUGCAGCCGGGACCGCGCUGCAUUGCUAUUGCCUGUGCCUCUCAACAGGAAAGAGAGACACCAUGUUCCCGAAGGGCACCAAGCGCAAGUUCUCCGACUCCGGGGAGGAGGCGGUCUCCAGCGGCGACCAGGCCCCGGUGGCCCCGUCCGCGGCGGCCCGGUCGCUGACGUCCUCUUACAGCCUGCAGCGGCAGUCGCUGCUCGACAUGUCGCUGAUCAAGCUGCAGCUCUGCCACAUGCUGGUGGAGCCCAACCUGUGCCGCUCGGUGCUCAUCGCCAACACGGUGCGGCAGAUCCAAGAGGAGAUGACCCAGGACGGCACCUGGCAGAUAAUGACCCAGGCCCUGGCGGCGGCCCAGUGUCCCACGGACCGCCUGGUGGCCACCGAGGUGCUGUGCCGGCAGACGGACGCGGCGGCUCAGGCCGGCCAGAGCCCGAAGCCCUUCUCGGCGGCGGGCCUGGGGGAAGGCUACCAUGCAGAGGAGGUGGUGAUGGAGGGAGACGUGGAGACAGAGGUCACCAUGUCCACUCUGUCGCCCGUCUCCCCCCAGCUGUCCUCCUCCGCCUCCUACCUGGCAGGUCCUUUCGUCAUGGGGCCCUGCUGGGAGGACGAGGAAGACGGCGAGUGCGAGGAGGAUGAAGACGACGACAGCGAGGACUGCGUGUCAGAGGGGGAGGAGGGGGACCGGGACCACCUGAGCCCAGACUCCAGGACAGGGGAGCAGGUUUUUGGGACUUUUGAGAUCAAGCACCCGGCGCCGCCCCCUGACCCCGCGCUGGAGGAACUGUUUUCCGACGUAGACCCGUCGUACUAUGACCUCGACACGGUGCUGACGGGCAUGCAGAGCGCCCCCAAGAUGGGGCCUUAUGAUCUGCUGGAGAGCCUUUCCUCCCACGGGCCCACGGCCCUCAGCUCCAGCUCGAGCUGCAGGUCAGACCUGAACGAACUGGACCACAUCAUGGAGAUCAUAGUAGGAUCCUGAAACUCAGAACAUUCCUCUGGCCUGUACCUGUCCCUCAGACUCUUUCCAGACUAUGCACAGUACACAUGUGCAUGUUCUGUACGUGGUAUUGUUACACCAGGAGAUUGUUGAAUGGUUUUGGAGCGAGGUGGGAAAUUAGGGGAGCCACGUAGAUUUUGUGCUAACGGCCUCUUGGGCAAGUCGGCAGCUGCUUUUGGGACCGUCAUCUUUUAUUUAAACAAAACAUGGAAUUGGCAGUAAAAGUAGCGACGUUAAAAUGAAUAAAUUUGGGGAUUCUCUAGACGCGCUGGCCUUCGGGGCGAAGCGGUUAGUUUGCUACUUUGUUGAUGAAAUCCAAAACUUCACGACCUGUGAGGAGAUAAAUUACCUAUACCAUGAUGCAUUCUUAUUUACGUACUUUCCAUGUUUACGUCUGUCAUACAUUCUGUCAUACUAGCUCCUUCUGGUCGUAUUCCGCCAUUUGGUCCAUUUCUAUUUAUUGUAACAUGGACUGAGGAACGAUUCAUCACACUACAAGCAUCCGAAACAGAACAAAUUGUAAAUCCAAAUCUAUGAAUCAAUGCAUAUUUUCCUAAAGAUUUGAGCAAUUAUGAAUGGAAUAUAUGUAUAUGUACGUAUGUGUAUAUAGAAAUAUAUUUUUUGCAUUAUACAGCUGGGGGGAUUUUGCAAGUAUCAUUUUGAUAUUAUUAUUUUUCCCUUCCAGGCGGUUUUUAAGAUUUUAAUGUAGCCAGACUCGAGACCGUGUCUUCCCGUGGUUUGGUAUAACAAGUCGACUGUAACCGGUGUCAGGACUGGUAUUGUUGCAUCUUUUUUGAGGCGCUGUUCUUUCAUUUUCUCAAAAGCUUUAUGCAGGGCGGGGGCCUUUGCAACCACACCUGGUUCCUGGUCAGUCCCCUGCCCUGCUAUACAUACGGAUCUAAUAAUAACAACAACAGCUUUUUCCUGAAAGCAUUUGGAGAAACCCCGGGGUGAUAACUGCAUCAAGAAGCCAUAUUUCUUUCUCUCAUUUUGUUAGAACAACAAGUGAAGAGUUCUGUGUGUUAGCACAAUCUAAUUUAUUGUUUUAUUUAUUGUAUUUAUUAUAUCUAGGUACAGACAUGCCAUAUUGACGUAUCAAAUCAACCAUGAGGCCUGACGAAAUUAUAUUUAUCCAAAUUUUGCCCUCCGUUUUUAAUGCAGUACCUAUUUAUUCCUCACUUUUUAUUAUUAUUAUUAUUAUUAUUAUCCGUAGUAAUAAUAAUAAUAUCCGGGUUACUAUUCAAAUCACUAUGCAGCUCUGUCAUACGUGUUUCAAAAUGAUUGUAUACGACUCAAAUGUCCUUUAAUUCCUUUAUGCAAACAGUUGCCUUUCUCCUAAAGAUGUGGAAAAUCAAAUGCAUUUUUCAAAAUUGUUCCUUAUCGUGAUGAAGAGAUUUAACUCAGGCAAAACAAUGUAUUGACAAAAAUACAGUAUUACGACACGCUUAAUACCUUACCACAACACUCCUGAAGGAUGUCACUCUGGUCUAAAUGGGAGCUAGAACUUCAAAGACUAAUUACCGUUGUAAAAUGUAUGCAUUUUUUUAUAUCAAGGAAAAAACAUUGUAGCAUCUUUGUAAAUAUUUUUUAUAAUAAAAGGUGCAACUAUU